GCGCGUAAGGAGGCGCCCUCGUCGGGCCCUGUCCGGCCCGGCCUUCUGAGGGCUGUGGGGCCGUCCAGCCGGGUUUUCCCUGCGUUCGGUGCCGGCCUGCAGACUCGGGCCCGCGGAGCCCCCGCCGCCCCUUCUUGCCCCUGCCCGCGUCCCUUCGGGCCGACCGUGACCGUGGCGCCGCCGCGACCCGCAAGCAGCCCGGGGAGGCUGCCCUGCCGCGCUGUCACGCCGUCAGGUUGCGUUCCUGGGGAGGGCUGGAGAGGCUCCAUCUCGUGCCUUUCACCUUCUCGCGCGGCGGGCACGGAGGCGACGGUUUUCGGGACGCCCUGCUGCGGCCGCGACGCCCUCCCGAGGCCGGAGCGAGGGCCCCGGGGCGGCUCCAGCCCUUCUUCGCCCCUCCCGUUUGCCCCGAACCAUUGCUAGGAGCCUGUGUUUUCUGCACUUUUCUGAUUUCAUUCUUACGAGAGUCAAGUACAGAGGCGGGAGGGGAAAGGGAAGGGGAACAACAUUCUUUCGAGAAUUAUAAACCUUGAGCUCCGUUAAAUAAGUAGCAGCAGAGCAUUGUCACUGGAGCAGUGGUAGUCGCGGGUAGGACCGUUUCGGUUUUUAGCCAAUAGGCUGGUUAAAGGUACUUAAAACAGUAAGUUGGAAGGUGCUGAAAUUCUAAGCAUGGUAGCCCGAGCAUUAGUGUUCCAGAGAACCAGGCAGAUGCUCCAUUGCCUUCUGUGACCUGAUCUUGGAAGUGGCAUGGCAGAAGUUACAUAGCAUCACUUCCUCUACUCUACUGGUCAACUAGUCUUUAUUGUUGACCCAAAUUCAAAGGAUACAGCAUUUAAUGAAAAAUUUAUGCUUAAGAAGUAAAAAUGGCAGGCUUCCUAGAUAAUUUUCGUUGGCCAGAAUGUGAAUGUAUUGACUGGAGUGAGAGAAGAAAUGCUGUGGCAUCUGUUGUCGCAGGUAUAUUGUUUUUUACAGGCUGGUGGAUAAUGAUUGAUGCAGCUGUGGUGUAUCCUAAGCCAGAACAGUUGAACCAUGCCUUUCACACAUGUGGUGUAUUUUCCACAUUGGCUUUCUUCAUGAUAAAUGCUGUAUCCAAUGCUCAGGUGAGAGGUGAUAGCUAUGAAAGCGGCUGUUUAGGAAGAACAGGUGCUCGAGUUUGGCUUUUCAUUGGUUUCAUGUUGAUGUUUGGGUCACUUAUUGCUUCCAUGUGGAUUCUUUUUGGUGCAUAUGUUACCCAAAAUACUGAUGUUUAUCCGGGACUAGCUGUGUUUUUUCAAAAUGCACUUAUAUUUUUUAGCACUCUGAUCUACAAAUUUGGAAGAACCGAAGAGCUAUGGACCUGAGAUCACUUCUUAAGUCACAUUUUCCUUUUGUUAUAUUCUGUUUGUAGAUAGGUUUUUUAUCUCUCAGUACACAUUGCCAAAUGGAGUAGAUUGUACAUUAAAUGUUUUGUUUCUUUACAUUUUUAUGUUCUGAGUUUUGAAAUAGUUUUAUGAAAUUUCUUUAUUUUUCAUUGCAUAGACUGUUAAUAUGUAUAUAAUACAAGACUAUAUGAAUUGGAUAAUGAGUAUCAGUUUUUUAUUCCUGAGAUUUAGAACUUGAUCUACUCCCUGAGCCAGGGUUACAUCAUCUUGUCAUUUUAGAAGUAACCACUCUUGUCUCUCUGGCUGGGCACGGUGGCUCAUGCCUGUAAUCCCAGCACUUUGGGAGGCCGAGGCGGGCCGAUUGCUUGAGGUCAAGUGUUUGAGACCAGCCUGGCCAACAUGGCGAAACCCCAUCUACUAAAAAUACAAAAAUUAGCCAGGCAUGGUGGUGGGUGCCUGUAAUCCCAGCUACCUGGGAGGCUGAGGCAGGAGGAUCGCUUGAACCCUGGGGGCAGAGGUUGCAGUGAGCUGAGUUUGCGCCACUGCGCUCUAGCCUGCCCCCAGGCUAGAAAGUGAAAACUCCCUCUCAAGAAAGACCACUCUCAGUAUCUCUGAUUUCUGAAGAUGUACAAAAAAAUAUAGCUUCAUAUAUCUGGAAUGAGCACUGAGCCAUAAAAGGUUUUCAGCAAGUUGUAACUUAUUUUGGCCUAAAAAUGAGGUUUUUUUGGUAAAGAAAAAAUAUUUGUUCUUAUGUAUUGAAGAAGUGUACUUUUAUAUAAUGAUUUUUUAAAUGCCCAAAGGACUAGUUUGAAAGCUUAUUUUAAAAAGAAUUCCUCUAAUAUGACUUUAUGUGAGAAGGGAUAAUACAUGAUCAAAUAAACUCAGUUUUUUAUGGUUACUGUAAAAAGACUGUGUAAGGCAGCUCAGCACCAUGCUUCUCGUAAAAGCAGCUUAAAUUAUCCACUGGGGUUAUCUUUUGACAACUUGCCAUUAUCUGAUGUUACACAAUUCAAUAGCAAGCAAGUUUGAGACAAUCGCAGUUUAAAAGCAUGAACCAUUUAACAAAAAGUGGAAUAAUUAAAGAUAAAGCACUUCUUCCCAAAGGGAAUUAUCACCUAGUGAAAAAUUAUGCGUUUCAUCUACUCAGUUACCGACUGCAAGUCUCUCCUUGCUCUAGCUCUCAAGCUUUGGGUGAAUAUUCCUGUGAAAUAUAUCUUCAACUUGAAAGUUCAUACUCCAAUCAAAAACUCCUUUUACUGAGUUUGCAGUACUGUAUUUGCACUGUUUGUAUUCCUCUGGGCCCUUAUUGCUACUUUUGCUUUCCUUUGUUACAUAGAUUUUGUGUUGCACUUUUUCUCCAGAGGGGUGUUGUAGAGCCUUGGUUGUAUGAAUAAUACCAGUGGUAGUGUCCACGGCUCUAAUGUAAGCCCAUUUGGCAUCACUCCUCUCCUCUCUCUGAGAGGAUUUCUUGUGCACAGAGUAUGAAGCAGUUGUGGAGCGCUGUGCCUUUGUCAAGAUACCAUCUUGUUUGAUGACUUCUUUCUUUGCUGUUUUUUCUUCAAAAUGUUAGUAAGCUCUGUCAUGCUUCUAGCAAAUUGUAAGACUAAUUAUUUGUUUCCACCUCAUAACCUGUUGCAAUAAAUAUUACUUCUCAUACAGUUUAAUAUUGUUGUUUGUUGGAGAAAAUGAACCAUAAAAAUUGAUUUGCUGUUCAGUUUUCAGUUAUUCAAGUACACCCAAUUAAAGAUGCAGUUAUGUUUAUAAAAUUAGAAGAAAUAGAUUUGUAAAAUGCUUAUGUGAGGGUUAUUGAAGGUUUCCCUGAAGACUGACUGGAAAUGGUGGCUGUUUUUUUCUAUUUCUGACUCUGCCAUGAAUUUUUUUUUUUUUUUUUAAAGACAAUAUCUCACUCUGUUGCCUAGGCUGGAGUGCAGUAGUGCAACCACAGCUCACUGCACCUUCAAAUGCUGGAGCUCAAGCAAUCCUCUUACCUCCGCUUUCCAAGCAGCUGGGACCACAGAUGGAAUUUUGCUCUUGUCACCCAGGCUGGAGUGUAGUGGUGCAAUCUCGGCUCACUGCAACCGUUGUCUCCCAGGUUCAAAUGGUUCUUGUGCCUCAGCCUCCCAAGUAGCUGGGGUUACAGAUGUAUCCUCCACUCCUCGCUGGGCACCAUCCUGCUGCCCAACAGAAGAAGCUCUUCUGUCUCCGAUUUCCUGAACGGUCUAAGGGACAGGCCUUUUAGAGGCAGCAAAAGGGAAUACUGGUCUCUGGAAAGUCCAGACAGAACUCUAGCAGCUCCGAUGGCUUGAUGAUCUCUUCCAGGGAGCCGGUGGGCUAGGCCCAUGCUUUGCUUCAAAGCGUUUGGAGAACAUCUUCUUGCUCCUUUUCCGGAAACGAGAUAAUGGACACAGAGUCCCAGACGUCAUCCUUUGGACCAGGAAGAAACAGGCUCCUGCCAGCACCGACAGCAACGAAAAUGUUCCCACGGAGAUCAGGAUGACUUGCUGAAGCUCAGUGGAGGCUAAAAAGAGGACACGAAAGUGAACAGAAUGAUCUUCCUACGCACAACACAAACAUCAGUUAAUGUUCCAUCCAUGCUGCUUAAAGAGCAUUCCUGUCCUAGUAAAAUGGGCAAGUCCCUCUACCCCCACCCUCACCUGGUAUGCUUACAUUAAUAGCUAAAGUCAAUCCUGUAAUGAAAUAAAAGCAAGUGGUAGCUGUCUGGUAGCCUCCACUACCGCAAAUCUCA